AUGAAGCCUUACAACCGGGAAAGUUCUCCCGGGGCCGGCAUCCGGGCCGGCAGCGCUGAGCCGUGCAGCGCCGGAGGCCGCUCCGCCCGCCGCACGGAAGGACGGCCGCAGCAGCGCGCGAGAACAGAACGGGCGCGAGGUAAGAACGAAUUCCUCCGGCGCCAUCCGCCCGGCCCCGCGCUCCCGGCCUCCUUUCCCGGACGGCCCGGCAGCGAGAAGCGCGGCCCGCAACAGCCGGCGGCCGCGGCCUCCUCGCGCGGCCCCCGUCGCCCGCCCGGAGCCGUCCCCGCGCGGAGCCACCCGCACGCCUCGCCGCCCGCACGCCCACCUGCGCCGCUCGACCCGGCUCAGACCGCGCACGGCACCGCUCCGCCGCUUGGAAAGCUGCAGGCUGCGCCGCGUGCCCAGCAGCCACCGCCGCCCUCACGUGGGAGCCGCUUCCGGGGCGGGGCCGCUGCCGGAAAUGGCGCCCGGGGGGCGGCGUCCGUCACGGUGACGUUCGCAAAGGAAGCAAUGAAACGGUCGCCGCCCCGGACCGGGACAGGAGCGCAGCAGCCGCCCGCGAUCAGCUCACCGCUAACACGGGAUCGGGAUUGGGAUCGCGGCCUGCGGAGCCGUUUAGCAGGCAGCGCGGGUUACCGUACAAAAAACAGCACCGGUAGCAAUAAAGUCCUUGAACUUCCACACUGUUUAAAGCAUUCAGAAAUCCCUGAGCCCUGAGGGCUUGGCUGAAGUGACGACGGAUCCCGCCCUCCCAGCGCACAGCCCCGAGGUUCCCGUCGCGGCAGCCGGACCACGACCGGCCCCAGCGCCGCGCUGCAGCCCCUCUGCGAGCUGACGGAGCGAUGCGGCAGGCGCUGCCGCUCCCGGCCUGACCCGUAGCCCCGCACCGGGCUGCAGCCCGCAGGGGUGGGAGAUGGGGCCCGAGAACGUCGGGGCCACCUACAGGUAGCUGCUCCCACCCUCGUGUUUUUCAGUACGAAAACAUGGAGCUUUGCCCUACGUACACAGACACGGCUCGGCCUCCUGCAGUUCUGCUCGCUACAGAGAUCACCUUCAGCUGUUGUGGUGUCCUUUACACCCCCACCAGACUGUUAACGAUGCUCUGCUGUGGCCAUUUCCAGGGGAAACAAAUUGCCUUUAGCUCUUCUGCUAACUUACUUGGCCUGCGUACUUCAAGCAACAGCAGAGCUCAGUUCCUCAAACGACUUUACAUUUUGGAGUCUGUAAAGGAAUUAAUCAGGAGCCUCCAGUAGCUGGCAGCUAACAAAACAGAACACUGAACCCUGCACGUGAGCUCCGACACAGCACCAGACCAAGAGCGACGCACACAUCCCAGGGUUCCACGUCAGAGCUCAGAGCUGUGUGCAAACUGCUACAAGCGAAUGCAGGGGAGAAAUAGUACAAAAUGUGAAAUAAUAAAAACGGGUAAAAUGUUUAUGAUUAGGAAAUAUAAUACAAUGAACUCAA